AUGGACGUUCUUUACGGAUUGCAUGAUGCCCGAGACUACUCGGAGCAGGGGAAGCUUUGGCUAGAUAUUGUAGCUGUUCACGGACUGGGCGGCCUGGUCUUCGACACAUGGACGAACAAGCGGACCAAAACCUGCUGGAUCAAGGACGUCCUUCCCGAUAAGUUUCCCCACGCGCGAGUCAUGGCAUUCGGAUACAAUGCCAAGAGAAUCAACCACGGAGCGGAGAUUGAGUUUCUAGAUGUGGCACGACAGCUGUUGGCUGGCUUGUCACGGAAGAGGAGCCGACCCGAGGAACGAGAUAGGCCAAUUCUGUUCAUCGCGCAUUCCCUCGGCGGUCUAAUCGUGAAGAAGGCAAUCAUGCUGUCCAAUGAACGAGCAACCGUCCUCGCCAAUUGUGCCCGAGGCUUCGUCUUCUUCGCCACCCCUCACUGCGGGAGCAAGCUCGCCGACAUGCCUGCGAUUCUGCAGACCUUUGGCAAGUUUGUGCUGGAUUCACCGACCAACUUUAUCCGGAAUCUGUCGACGAAAUCGCAAGAGCUAGAGGAGCUGCAUCAUCAGUUUUGCGAGUUUCUCGUCUCCCGCUCGAUCCCCGCCGUCAGCUUCUACGAACUCCUGAAAACUAGAAAAUUCAUCAAAAAGUCAAUAAUCGUAACUCGGGACUCUGCCAUCCUAAACGUCCCCGAUGAAGACGCCCUCGGCCUCAACGCCGACCACUCCCAAAUCGUAAGGUUCAAAUCCGGCGGCGACGAUAACUUCCAGGUGGCCAUCCACCGGAUCCAAAGGCUGGUAUCGCGCAUCGGCCACCUUGACGACCUGCAACGCUCUGCGCGCAAGUCCACAUUUCUGCCCUUCAUGCCUACGAGGUUCUUUCUGGGCCGCAAGGCCGAAUUGGCCCAGCUAAAGGACUGGUUCUUCCCGGAGGGGGAAGGUGGAGGAGGCCAUUCUCUGGCUGCUGUCUCUGAUUUCAAGGUCGUGGCGCUGUUUGGAAAGACUGGCGCGGGCAAGACGCAGUUAGCCCUGAAGUAUGCAGUCACCCACAAGGAUGCAUACGACUUCGUCUUCUUCCUAGAUGCGACAUCGAGCGUGGUUCUCCACAAUGAAUUCGCAAAACUCCGCUAUAGCCUCAAGAUAUCCGACAUUGGCGGAGACCCCGUCAUGCAGAUGAAGCAGUGGCUCAUAUCGCAGGCCCCGGGCCGCUGGCUGCUCAUCUUCGACAACGCGAAUAACCUCCAAGAGGUCAUGCCCGUAAUCACCCCCGUCGCGCGAUCGGGCCACAUCAUCAUUACCACGCAGGACACUCGUGUUGGCAGCAACGAGUUCGUUGAUAACAGCCUCGAGGUACCUAUGCUGAGCCCCGAAGAAUCCCAGCAGCUCCUCUUCGACCGAAGCGGCAUGGAGUCGCCCAAACUCGACGAGGUCGAAGUCGCCAAGCUCCUCGUCGAAGAGCUCGGAUACCUGCCGCUGGCCAUCAACUCGGCCGGCACGUACAUUAGCGUGCGGCAGAAGUCCGUCAGGGAGUACGCAGAUCUGCUCCAGCACCACAGUCGCGAGAUGCUAGAUCACCGCCCGGACGCCUCGUCGUACGAACGUUCCGUUCUGGCUGCCCUAGAACUCAACUUUCAAGCCAUCGAUACUCACCCGGGGGCUUCGGCGUUGUUUUCCCUCCUCGUAUUCCUGGACCGCUCAGAGGUAACGGAACCGUUCCUGGUGAGAGGCGUCACGCCGCAGCAUCGAUGGGGCCUCGACGGCGAAAAUACCCUCGUCGAUCCGGCAUCUCGAUACGUUCCAGCUGAGCUUAUCGCUCUCAUCAACAAUGGACCGGCUUUUGACGAAGCGAUUGAAGAUUUGGUUUCCCAUUCUAUCAUAUCUUGCGAAAAGAGAGAUGGGGUCGGCCGCUGCAUUACCAUCCAUCCGCUGUACCACAAGUGCGGUCGACUUCGGAUGUCGCGAGAGGAACGACAAAAGCAUGGAAGUGGUGCUCUUUGCUUCUUGGCCCAUGCUUCACCAAGCGAUGAGUAUUCUCUAGAAGAUAGCCUCGGAACCAUCGGACGAGCUUGCUUGCCGCACAUCUACCACUCCCUCAUCAUGUACAAGGAACCCGAAAACGGCCUCAACUUAGCCUACCUCGACUCCAUCGCCCAACCCGACACGCCACUAACACCCCGGGAACUUAUAUCCGCCAUGAUCCUCGACGCAGAGAUUAUGUACGGCGAAGGAGACGAGCAAAAGAACCGCGCCCUUCUCGAAUGGGCGCACGAUCUCCUCGCAUCCUCCAAGAACAUCUACCUUCAGGCGCGGGAGAUGGAAGUGGGCCUGGCCAUCGGGUACUACGAAUCCGGAAACUACCUCGGGGGCGCCGACGCCGCGAAGGCCUUUUUGGGUCCCGUCAAGGACGCCCUUGCGAAAGACCCCGGCCUCCGGAAUUGUCUGACCAAUGCUCAAGUUGGCGUUGUCGAGGUUACCUUGGCCGAGUAUCUCGUAACCGAAGUCUCCGUCGACGACAACUUCGACGAGAGCUUCGGCCUUCUCCGGGGAUGGAAACCUCUCGACCCAGACAAACCGAGCAGUAAAGAGAAGAAUACCCUAGGGAUAUUAAGCCAGACGCUGGGAAAAGUCCACAAAGACCACGGAGACUGGGAAGCCGCCGAGGAGGAACUCCGUCGGUACCUGGACCUCUACGCCGUCAAGGGCCAGCAAUUCGAAGGCUGGGCGGCGGGAGACCUCGCACACGUCCUCAUGGAGAUGGACAGGCCCAAAGCCGCCGAGGUCGUCGUGCAGGAAUACUUGGCCCCGAGGCAGGGGCUUCUCACGCCUAGCGAACGCGCGAGGGACCGUCGGAGCGAUACCAUGUAUCUCGAGAUGCAACUGGGCGAGGCGCUUCUGUUACAAGGGCGGAAUGCUGAAGCCGAGGAGGUCUUCCAGGAACUCUUGGCUCGGUUCCGCACCUUCGGGCCUCUUCCCCCCUUUGAAAAGUUUCGCUUCUUCUUCUCACAGUGCGCCCUAGCUCGCAUCAGGCACUUGGAGGGCCGUUACAAGGAAGCCGUCGAAUCGUGGGAGGCUGCUCUGGAGACGGCUGUCAAGGAGCUUGACACGGAGCAUCAGGAGGGAAAGUGGGGUCGUCGUACGUUCUUUCCGGGCAUCGUAUUGCUGAGCAUGGCGGAUUGUCUUUAUCGGCUGGGGGAGAAGGAGAGAGAGAGUGCGAAGGACUUGCGGGAGGAGGCGACGGGGAUUUUGGCUGAGGCGGCUACGCAGCGCUGGGUGUUGGGAUUGGGGACUUAUUGGCUGGCUUGGGUGAAGGGACAUCUGCCCGAGGCUUAA